AUGAAUAUACAAUGUGUUGGUGUUGUUAUUGAUAGGGUAACCCUUUACCCAAAGAAAGAGAAAGAGUUUAUUGAAGAAAUUGUUAAUCAAAUCCACCAAAGAUUAGGUGUACCCUUAAGUGAUACUUUGCCACUCCUUAUCGGGAGGUACCGUCAUAUUGAAGAAAUCACGUCAUGGUUGACAGAUGGUUCCUCCAGUCAUACUGCUGACAUUCUCACAGUUUUAGGCAUGGGUGGGAUUGGGAAAACAUCUUUGGCGAAAUAUGUCUUCGACUUGCACUCUCUUACAUUCCACAAGAGUAGCUUUAUUGAAGGUAUCAAUUCAAGAUGUAGUGAAAGUUAUAAUGGAUUGCUUAAUGUACAAAAGCAACUUUAUGGGGACAUCUCAAAAAAGAACAAGCUACUAGCUCAUGAUCCUCAAGUAUAUACCUACAAGAUUGAGAAAGCAUUAGCCAGUGUGAAGGUGUUUUUAGUUCUUGAUGAUAUUAAUAGUCUCGACCAGUUGGAUGCGUUACUUGGAAACAAAGGUUUUCAUCCGGGUAGCAAAAUCAUAGUAACAACCAAGGACGCUUCAUUGACAGAGAGGUGUGCACUAUUCAAAUCAAGAGUUAAACCCAAGCAUACGAAAUUGAUACUUGAAGGCUUAUCUGAAGAUGCAUCCCUAGACCUUUUAUGUUGUAAUGCGUUCGCUUGUAACAAUCCCAAGGAAGGCUAUGAAGAGGUGUCAAAAAAGGUCUCAAAGUAUUGUCAAGGGCAUCCAUUGGCUCUUGAAGUAUUGGGCAAGACUCUAUACAACCUAGAUGUAGAUGAAUGGGAGGAUUACAUAGAAAGGCUAAAGAAAGUAACUGACCCCUUCAUAAACAAGGUCUUGAAAAUGAGCUUCAAUUCUUUGCCAUCUGAUGAUGAUAAGGAAUUGUUUAAGCAUAUUGCUUGCUUUUUUGUUGGGAAAGAUAGAGAUUAUACUGAAACAAUAUUGAAGACAUGUAACAUCAACACAAGAUCUGGGAUUAGGAUUCUUGUUGAGAGAUGCCUUCUUAGUAUUGGACGGCAUAACGAGUUGAUGAUGCAUCAAUUGAUACAAGAUAUGGGAAGAGAUGAGGUACGUAAAGAAUCAACUCAUAAGCCAUGGGAGCGAAGUCGAAUUUGGAGUCACGAGGAGUCAUAUAAAGUGUUGAAACAAAAAAAGGACAUGGACAAUAUUCUGGGCCUCACCCUUGACAUGAGAGUCCUCGAGAAAGAGAAGUUAGGUGUAUCAUUUGAGCUGCAAACAAAUGUGCUGAGUAAAAUGAAUAAUAUAAUGCUACUGCAACUCAAUUAUGUGGAAAUGAAGGGGAGUUAUAAGAAAUUUCCAGAGGAAUUAAGAUGGUUGUGUCUGCAUGGGUUCCCUUUAAAGUCUAUGCCUAAUUUAGACUUGCCAUUGGAUAACCUAGUAGCUCUCGACAUGUCAUAUAGCAACAUCGAAUCAUUUGGUAUGUGUUGGAGUAACCCACGACAAAAGGUGAUUGGACCGCGUUCAAAAGAAAACACAAUCCUUAGAUCACUGAAGAUUCUUGAUCUGAGUUUCUGUGAACAACUUCAUAAACUCGGUGGGUUUUACAAACUCCCUACACUAGAAAGGUUUAUAGUUGGAAAUUGCAAACGUUUAAUUGAGAUUUGUGAAUCACUUGCGGAAUGUGUUGAACUUGUCCACAUCGAUCUUAGUUACUGCGUCAAGCUAGAAAAGCUUCCAACAGCAAUAGGUAAAUUGAAGAAGGUUAAAACGCUAUUACUAGAUGGUUGCAAUAUCUCUUCCAUUAUUGUGGAGAAAUUACCAAGUGAUUUGAAUCACAGUGUGAUUUCCUUACCGACCUCAUUAGUAAGAUUAUCUCUUGCAAAUAGUAAUUUGACCAACGAAUCCUUUCCGAUGGACAUGAGUUGCCUAUCCAGUUUAAAGUAUUUAUGCUUAGAUAAGAAUCCUAUUGUUUCUAUGCCUAAUUGUGUAAGAAGCCUUCGUUGGCUUGAGGAACUUAGUAUGGUCAACUGUCAAACUCUGAUGUCAAUCGAGCAUCCUCCAUGUACGCUAAAACGGUUGAUGCUUCGGACGUAUCAACCUUCAGCUAUGUCUUUAAUUACAUUUGAUCCAGAGAUGUCUCAAAUCGAUGUAACUAUAAAUUCAUUCCGUGCUUGGUCAUAUGAAGUGCAAGGGAUGGUCAAGAUCCAACCACUAGAAGGUGUCGAGGAAAAGGUAUUGUCUAGUUUGGGGUGGACUAAGUUAUCAGACGUCCUUAAUAAAAGGCAGGUCGUAUCUUAUGAAUCGUGUAGAGGAAUAGAGCAAUCUCAAAUCCAGAUGUAUUAUGAAUUUGGAAUAUUCAGCACAUUUUAUGGAUCGGAUUAUGCGAAGAUGCCAGAUUGUAAUUGGAUUGUGAAUACACCCUUCCGUACAUCAAUACCAUUUACAGUCCCUUCAUCUGGUAAUAAGCAGCUCAGGGGUCUGAAUUUUUGCUACGUGCAGUGGAGGGAAAGGGAUCGAGAACAUGACCAAAAAUUUAUCAACGCUCAUGGAUAUCCUCCACUUGAUCAAUUCUUUCAGUUGCCAUUGAUCGAAAUAAGUAAUAAAACAAAAAAACGCACAUGGAGAUACCAGCAUUGUAGUGGGGGAAUCGAUGUAGAUGGAAAGUGGGUAAUAUUUUUAAGCCACUGGAUGUUUGGGAUGAAUGAAAUGGCACCUGGUGAUCAUAUUCUUAUUUCCAUUUUGAUAAGAAGAGACAUAGCAUAUAAGCAAGGUACAUUGAGAUGUGGGAUGGGGUUAGUGUAUGAAGAUGAUCAAGAUGGAAAGAUGGAGGAAGGAGAAGAUGCAUUGGAAUAUUACAAGUCAUGGAACCACAUCAUUGGUGGCGAUCUUUCCUCUUUUCAAUGGAGAACGUUCGGAGACCACUUCCUAUCUCACCAUGAAUUUAUACGAGACCAGGACCCAAAUUUUCCCCUUAAAUUGAGCGCCAUUAAUGCAGAAAAAACCGUACCUUUUAGAGCUUUCUCCAAGAUGAAAAGUCCCAAGACACUUGGUAAAGGGAAGUUGGCAGGCAACAGUGACCACCAACCCCCAUGGGGUGUGCAAGGGGUUCCACCGAGCCAAGCCCACUCCCCCCAAGGGGCUAGUACUUCCAAGCUUCACAUCUGGGAUGAUGAUGAUGAUGACGACUAUAUGAUGACGGAAAAUGAGGAAAAAGAAAGGAAGAAGAUGAAGAAAUAA